AUGCAGAAAGGCGGCUCAGCGACCUGGCGGCUCAGGUGCAGCAGCGGGUUGACCGGUGCAGUGGCGGGCCGGCAGGUGCAGCGGCGGGCCGGAAGGUGCAGCGGCGGGCCGGCAGGUGCAGUGGCGGGCCGGCAGGUGCAGGCGGCGGGCCGUAGGGUGCAGUGGCGGGCCGGCAGGUGCAGCGGCGAGGCCGUCAGAGGCGGCGGGCCGGCAGGUGCAGCGGCGAGGCCGUCAGAGGCGGUGGGCCGCUGGGUGCAGCGGCGGGCCGGCAGGUGCAGUGGCGGGCCGGCAGGAGCAGCGGCGGGCCGGCAGGGGAGGCGGCGGAGCCGAGUCAGGGGAGGCGGCAGGGCCGCGUCAGGGGAGGCGGCGGAGCCGCGUCAGGGGAGGCGGCGGUGCCGCGUCAGGGGAGGCGGCGGAGCCGCGUCAGGGGAGGCGGCGGGGCCGCGUCAGGGAAGGCGGCGGGGCCGCGUCAAACAGGCGGCGGGGCCGCGUCAGGGGAGGCGGCGGAGCCGCGUCAGGGGAGGCGGCGGGGCCGCGUCAGGGGAGGCGGCGGGGCCGCGUCAAACAGGCGGCGGGGCCGCGAUCAGGAGAGGUGGCGGGGCCGCGUCUGAGGGACAGCGGGGCCGCGAGGGAAAAGGCGACCCGAGGGGUCGCUAA